CAACAUAACAUAACAUAACACGCUGACUGCAUAGUCGUACACACAGCGAGCUGCGACAGCCACCAUGGAUCGAUCGCAAUAGCCAGAUCUCGUCAUGAUAAGCUUUUCGAGUCGGGCCAAAGUGCCAAAUGCCGUCAUCAGUAAAACAGGGACGGUGCUAGUGCAGAAAGUGUAACAUCACUCGACAUAAUACAUCAGGCCAUCUUGUAUGAGAGCAUGUCGAAGGCGAUAGAGAAUCACAACAUGGCGGAGUCUAUCCGAGAGGAGGUCCUGUCCUGCCACAUCUGCCUGGAGGUUCUCACGGAAGCCAGGACACUGCCCUGUCUCCACACCUACUGCAAGGCCUGUCUCAUGAAAAUGGUGGAAUUCAAAUCAAAGAAGGUCCGUAUUAUCAGGUGUCCGGAAUGCAGGGAGGAGGUGAGACUGUUCAAGGCAGGAGUGGAGGACCUGAGGUGCAGCUUCUUCAUCAACAGUUUGAUGGAGAUUUAUAACACCAAGAGACAGAUGUUGAUGUGCACUGUGUGCAGGCAAAGGCGUGUAAACAAGACAGCAGUGAGUAAAUGCACGACCUGUGGAGACGGCCUGUGUGACACCUGCAGUAAAGGACACCAACUGUCCACCACUACCGUCCACCAUAAGGUCCUCCCACUGGGGGAGUUUGCAUCAGGGGACUACGAUCAGCAUCUCCGGGAGGCCCAGACCUUCCCCUGUGUGGCCCAUCAAAAGGAGUUGGAGUAUUACUGCGAGACGUGUGAGAAGGUGGCCUGUUUGUCUUGCCUCCUUGUUGACCAUAAGGACCAUACCUACUCCACGAUUCCACAAGCGUAUACCAGCAAGAAGGAGCUUCUUGAAACAAUGUUCUGUCAAGUCCAGUCUAAAGUGACUCAGAUUGAAGAAACAAAAACACACGUUGAACACUUGCAUGACGAGGCCGAGAAACAAAGCCGUGAAGUUAUCAGAACAAUAAUAGAGACCGGAAAGGCUGUGCUGCAUGCUGCAGAAAGAGAGAUUACACAGACUAAACAAACUUCCAAAACACUCAUCGAAUCUCGACUUGCCACAUUAACCAAAGUUAAUGAGAACCUGGACAAGCAAAUAAAACAGGAGAAAUCCUCUAUAGAAUUCUGCCGCCGGGUGCUGUCAAAUGGUAAGCCUGUGGAGGUCCUGGAGAUCGGGGAUAUGUUAAGGAAGAGGCUUGAUCAGCUGAGUCUGGUGGAGAACCAGGUUGACGUCGAGGAGCUGGACUCCAACACUCGUAUCCAGGACACCGUUGUCAACAAGAAAUUCCAAGGGGACUUCUCGCUGGGUAUUUUCAAGCCAGAAGUGGAAAAAUCAGUCCGAGAAGUUCAAACACAAACUGACUUCACACAGCCUGAAAUGACCACCCAUGACGUAUCAUCUCAGUACACUCCAGACGACUUUGAGUCUCAAGAGUCUGGCGUUGACCAGGAGUUGAGAGAUCCUCGUGUUGCAGGUGCUCCUGGCGCGGAGGAGGCGGGUACCCAUGAUGGAAACAUCCUCAACGCACCUGUGGACAAUGACCUGGUCCCAGACAGCUCAGCAGAUGCUGGUGGGUCCUGCAGGGCAGGUAGAGCUGGGCGGGGAUCUGGAGAUGGUUCAACUGCUGCACCUGAGGCUGUGAGGGAGCACGGUCCUGGGGAUACUAGCUAUGGCUGCCGUGGACCCAGGCAGAGGGAUGCUACAGUCUAUGAUUACACAUUUCAUCUACUAUUCAUCUACAUCUUCUGUACACUGUUCCUAUGGGAUCAUUUCAGUGGUUAUUGGUGAGGAACUAUUAAGAAAAUUGAUGAGAUGACAUUGUUUUAUUUUUAUGCUAUAAUCAUGAAGUAAUAAUUGGGUCAUGUACUGAAUGAUUAAAAAUACUAGUAGGGGUGGUGGGUCGUGGAGGGUGUGUGUAUGAAUGAAAGUUGUGCUUGUUUAAACUGAAAUUAAUCUAUCCACAAAACAGAAGUUGUUUUUGUCCGUUUAAAUAAACAUAUUAAAGGUGUGAUUUCAUGAUGUUUCUUUGCUCUGAUGUCAGACAAAUCGAAUGCCUCCCACAUUUGAUACCAAAAUAAACAUGUUUCAUGUUCAUCAAA